CUUCAGACCACGUGAUUCACCACCGUGAUAAAACUUUAGCUGGGUUACAGAUUUGUAUAAUACUGUGUCACAGUUCUCGACUCGCUGUGGGUUCGUGAUAUACACACAAGUACUGACUCUUCCUCUGGUAAAGUUUGCGGUGACCAGCCAACAUGGAGGUGGUGUGGAACUCGCUCGUUCAUCAUAAGAUGUUUGUCAAGGCUACACUUGCCGUUACCUGUGUUUUCCUUGCCCUGAUAUACAGUGUGACAGGAAAUGAAACGAAUGUCGUGGACGACAGCCAAUCACGUGCGGCGAUGAAGAAAACUAAACGAAAAAAGAAAUAUCCACCAGGCCCCGGUGGACUUCCUUACUUUGGGGUGCAUUUCCAGGUUACAUCCGGAAAGCUUCACGUGAAUCUCCAGCAAUGGAAAAGACAAUAUGGAAAUAUCAUCGGUUUCAAAAUUCUAGGUCAAAAUAUACUUGUACUGAAUUCUCCCGAGUUGAUUAGAAAAGCAUUUGAAAGCGAGGAUUUUGCCCCUCUCAUGAGUGACAGGCCGCCCAACUUCAUAGGCGAGCAUAUCAUGUAUGGCUAUCGGGAUGUUCUUCUCAACAGUUACAACGAAUCGUUUAAGAAAAUGAAAAAACUGAUGGUAUCCUGUAUCAACAAACAUGGUUUCUCUUCAAAACACUUCCAGGACAUCGCCGAUGAAGAGUUCCAAUGUGUUCUUAAUCAGUUUCACGCCCAGAACGGUGAAGCUGUUGAUCCCAUCAACAUACUCAUGCCAUCAUUUUGUAAACUCGUGGGAGGUUUUUUUUCAGGAAAACAUUUGAAAGACGGCGAUCCAAUCCUUGAAAGCAUCAUUGCCAUGGAUCGCGAUGGUGACGUCAUGAUACAACCUCAGGUCCACGGUAUCCUUGGUAAAUUUCCAUGGUUACGUCAUUGUUGCGGCUUCUAUGGCAACCUUUACAGCAAUGUGAUUCAACAAAGGGAAUCUCUUUUUGAAAACCUCAUUACAGGAAUGAAGAAAACGGUAGAAAAGGAUAAUGUCCGGUGCUUCUCCCAUCACAUGCUAAGUUGUAAAGAGGAAAGCGAUUGGCUGACUGAUCACCAUAUCAAUGGCAUGCUCAUGGACCUUAUCAACACAUCUGUGUUGACAACCAAAAGUAACAAUGUGAUUGGACGAGACAGAUUGCCCACAAGUGAAGACAGAAAGAACAUGCCAUACGUACAAGCAUGUAUUUACGAGUUGCUAAGAUACCAGUCACAUCUUCCGUUAACCGCUGCACAUGCUAACAUUGAGCAUGAUGUGGAAUUUGAAGGUUACACAAUACAAAAAGGAACUGUCAUUUUCGGGAACCUGUAUGGUGCACAUCACGAUGAAGAAUUAUGGAAAGACCCCUGGGAGUUCCGACCGGAAAGGUUCCUCACAGCAGAUGGUACCCCUCUGCCGCUGGACCAUGUUGUUCAUAAAAAUUCCAUUGCCUUUGGAGUUGGGGAAAGGAAAUGCGUUGGUAAAGAAAUGGCAUACAACCGGAUGUUUUUAUAUUCUGUACAUCUCUUACGAGCAUUUGAAUUUCAACCGGAAAAGGAUGCAAUACUUCCGCCUCACGAUCCUCGCCACUUCGCAAUAUCAUCACCAGUAAUUUUGCCGGAUGACUUUAAGUGCCGAGCUAUUCCGAGAUGAUUUAAUAAUUUGUUUGAAAAUAAUUUUGUUCUUUGAUGAAGGUACUGUCGAGCGGUUCUCGAAACGAUAAAAACACUUGAUCAGUUGGCAGAUCUGCCGGGUUGACCUCGGAACCUUGUAUAAGAUCAAAAGUACAUGUCAUGUGACCCACUUAUACAAACGCCAUACACAUUGUCAUAAAUUAAUUCGAGAUCAGGCUUUGUUAUAGGUUGAUUUGAGAUUUUGAACAUUAUAAUUUUAAUACUUGUAGUCAAUGUUGGGAAAUGUUUAAAGAGGUCGGUGUAUGUAUUUGAUAAUAGCUUGUUUAUGAUAUCGAUAUUUUCCGACUUAAUUCAACUUUAAUAGAAGGUGUGUUAAAAUCUUUUUAUUUUGACAUGGUUUUGAUAGUUUCUCUAUAAGAUAUAUAUUGAAUUUCUUUUCGAAUCAUAAAAAAAGUCUCAAUUAUGCCAUUGGGUAUGCAGUUGUGACAUGUGAGACACUGUGUAGUCAGUAACAUUCGCGGGGGGUUAAAUUACGUUAUAGCUCGGUCAUAGA